AUGGACAUUUCCGACAAAAACUUCAAACCGUGUCCUUGUGGCUACCAAAUCUGCCAGUUCUGCUACAACAACUUGAGGCAGAAUCCGCAGUUGGUGCCGAAGUGUCCUGGUUGUCGUCGUCUUUACGACGACGAGCUGGUCGAGUACAAGAGCAUCACUCCGGCCGAGUACCGGCUCCAACAGGCAAAGCGGGAAAAGAAGGAGCGUGAACGCAAGCAACGGGAGAAGGAGAAGAAGGAACUGGAACUCGCCAACAAAAAGCACCUCGCUGGCUUGCGCGUGGUCCAAAAGAAUCUUGUCUACGUCACCGGGCUCAACCCCCCUUGCCCUCCCGAAGACUUGCACCUGGUGUUACGUCUGGACCGCUACUUCGGCCAGUAUGGCAAGAUCACGAAAAUCGUCAUCAACAAAAAGCUGCCCAGUCUGGGUCUGCAAGGCCACCACCACCACAGCUCGUCAGGGCUUGUUGUCUACGUUACCUUCGCUCGCAAGGAAGACGCUUUGCGCUGUAUCAACGAGCUUGAUGGUCUGUUGUGUGACGGUAGAGUGUUGAGAGCGGCUCACGGCACCACCAAGUACUGUUCGCUGUACUUGAGAGGCCACCCUUGUCCCAACCCCAAUUGCAUGUUCUUGCACGAGCCUGGUGAAGAAGCUGACUCUUACACUCGUAAGGACUUGCUGACUCACCAAGGCAUCAAGAUGGGCAUGAUGGGGAUGAACCGCAGCGGUCUGGGCUCUAACUUGUUCGGCCUGUCGUUCGGUAGCGACCCCGACCACCACCACCAGGAACCCGAAGAACCAGUGGUGGCACUCCCUGCUACGGCGCACUGGGCUACACAAGACGCUACGCUGGCGGCAUCGCUGCCACAAGUGUCUAACACCCCCUUGGCUAAUCUGGCGGCCUUCCCUACCCUUAGUGAGAUUUUCAAGGAUCAAAAGCAUCAACAAAAGAAGGAAGCACCCAAGCCCAAGGCUAAGCUGCGCAGCAAUAAGGAGAACGUGUUACUUCCUGAUGAUAUCGAUGUUGAUGAUGACCUGGCGGCGCACUUUUUGGAAGAGAACAAUGCGGUGCUCAAGAAACUUCACGAAGACUCCCAAUCUCUUGCUGGCUACUUCAAGAAUUUGGAGGCUCCUCAAGGCUUACCCAUGUUCACGUUCAAGCCCGAUCUCGAAUUGGGUAACCCCGAAGAAGAUAAGGAUCGUGCACGUCUUGUAAUUGAGCGGUUCCUUUUCCGUCCUGUUAAAAACUACCACUUGGCUUACAUCAAUCAUCCCAUCACUCAAUUGUUACACCAACAACACCAGCAGCAGCAACGCCAACAACUGACAUUGCAAGCCGCUCAGUUGCAACAAUUGCACAUGGAGCAGCAAAAGGGUUUGCAACAACAGGCACAUCAGGCACAACAACAAGCUCAACAACACCAGCAGGCUCAGCAACAGCAACAGGCACAACACGCUCAACAGGCCCAACAGCAACAGGCCCAACAGCAGCAACAGUUACUUCUUUUGCAAUUGCAACAACAAGCCGCUAAGCAACAGCAGCAACACGCUCAGCAACAAGCACAACAACCGCUGCAACAAUCGCAGCCGCAGCCGCAGCCCCAGCCUCAACCACAACAACCUCAACCUCAACCUCAUCAGCAACAACAACAGCAACAGAUCAACAUGUUGCGGAUGAAUGACAGAGUUCAAACCUCUACUCCUCCGCCCCCUGGUUUAUUCACUGGUGGUGCCGCCGCCCUGGUUCCUAAGCAACCUCAAGGCGUGCCGCUUGCCCAAUACCAAGGACAAUCUUUCCCCGACCAUAGCCCCACCGGUGGAGCCAACCAGCUGACGAGCUCACAAUUGUUGUCGCAGUUGAUGGGAGGGAAGAGAUAA